UAUUUCAAUUAAAAUUAUUGGAUUUACUACAACGUUUACCAAUUAAAGAUCGAACAACAGUUAUUAAAAAUGGAAUUAUGGAACAAAUUGAAAAGAAGAUAAAAAUGACCAAAGAUGUAACAGAUGAAAGUGACGAUGUUGAAGGAUUAUUAGAUUCAAUGAUCAAACAUUUGGAUAAUAAUAUUGUUUUAAAAUCAUUUAAUUUGUAUACAACAUGGAUGUCAAUGAAAGAACGUUUUAUCAUUCCAAAACGAAAAGAAUUAUCAUCGAAUUCUAUCGAUUCUCGUUAUCAUCAUCGUUCUUCACUCACAUCAAAAUCUCAUCAUCAUCACUCAUAUUAUUCGCCUUAUCCAGAUGAAAAUAGUGAUUAUGCAAGAGGUGGCUAUAAUUAUCAAUCUCGAAGUCGACGAAACGAUAUGUCAUCGAAACGUACAAUACCAACAAUAUCGUCAUUGAAAGAAAUGAAUCAGAAUAAAAUGCUUAGUCAGUAUCAACAACAGCAACAACAAUUCCAACGAAAACUACCAGAAAUGACUAAAGCUGAAAGAAGAAAAUUAUUUGAAUUACAAUAUCAACAAUCGUUAGAAGACGCGGAAAAAGCUAAAGCAGUUGCAGCUAGUACAGGAAGUCCUCAAAAUGCAUCAGCUUCGAAUGAACCACCAAAUAAAAAGCAACGUAUAGCGGAAGAUUUGACUGAAACUCCUACUCUUAGUUCAGUUACUUCAACACCUGUUACAUCAGCGUGGCCACACUCAAAUUAUCAGAUGUAUGGUGGUAUACAUUGGAUGCACAAUUAUCCAGGACAAUCACAGCAGGAUUAUUACAUGGGUUAUAUGCAAAAUGUUGGGCAAGCUCAUACAAAUUUAAGAACAUCAGAUGUGAUAAAUUCAUUGUCAAAAGAUGAUGUUUAUCCACCUCCUCCCCCACCUCCAUUGCCAGAAGAUGAAUUAGAACUGGCAAAAAUGAUUCGUUUACCAGAAGCGUGGUGUGUAGCAAUGACAGAGGAUUCACGUGUCUAUUUUUAUAAUCGUCAAACAAUGCGUACUAGUUGGUUUCCUCCAGUAGCAACACCAACAAAUGUUACACCGAAAACACCUCGUACACCUGUGAAUACAUCUUCGCCAAUUCAUCAAGACCAAGCAAUCGUUUUAGCAGAAGAAACCACUACAAAUCUUGCAGAAAAACCACAACAAAGUUCAGACGAUCCAAGGAUUCAACAACAUCAAGAACAAAUACUUUUGAGUCCUUUAUCAGCUGCUCAAUUGAAUAAAUCAAUUACCAUUUCAUCAACCACGUCAGCAGCAACCUAUUUAGCUAAACGCGCUCGAAAGUCAAAAUCAAAAUUAUCCUCGUCACACAGACAUCAUCACCGCCAUCACCAUCGACGACAUCAUCGAAAACGAGAGUCAGUGCCACCACCACCACCACCACUAGUACCAGUACCAGUACCAGUACCAGUACUCCAAACAAAUACAUUGUCAAAUGUUCCUCUAUCGCCUGAAUCUACAGAAACACUCCCACAGCAAGAACAAACAGAGAUCAUUGAAACUCAGCAACCAGUAACUUUGCCUACAUCAUCGUCAUCAUCUACUGAAUUGGUUGAAAAUAACACCGAUAACACAUCAGAAGCUGUAACCGAAUCUGUGUCGACGGCAGUCACUAUUCCUGAAGAAACCGCUUCAAUUGUAACCGUGGAAGAAAAAAAUAUUGAUAUAGUCGAUGAAGCAAAUGGUAUGAAUGAUGAAUUAAAUUCUUCAGCAACAUUGAUAAGUGCCAAUCCGAAUGAAUCAACUGUUAUCAUGUCGACGUUAGAUGAUGAACGUAAAUUUAAACAAUCACGUGAACAAUUGCGCAUUAAACUAUCAAAACUGGUUAGUCAACAACUAAAAGUUUAUACGAAAAAACAAUGUAAACAAGGUCGAAUAUGUUCACAGGAAGAUUAUAAAUUUUUAAUUAAAAAAUUUACAUUAGCAGUUCUCGAUAAAGAACUGGAACGAGCUAAAUUACAACAAGAUUAUGAUUUGAAAUUGUCGGAACGUGUACGAGUGAAAACAGAAGAUUAUGUUAAAAAAUAUAUGUCAAAAGUUGGACAAACAUUUCGUAGAAGACAACGUUCCGCGUCGGCGAGUAGUCGAUGA